GGGGUGUGUGAUCGAAUAAAUUGAAUACUCCUACAAUUACAAAAACAACGCAAUCAAAGCAUAUUUUGUUGAAAGAGAGAUGCUUGGAGUUGAAAGGCAGUCAUCAAUCGAGAAUGAACCUCGUACGCUCAAUAAUAAUCAGAUCGAUUUCGCCAGGGAAGCAGCUCUUUAUGUGGUGAAUACAAGCAGCAGCAUCCAGGAAGCUCUCACCAUCUUCACUCAGGGGUUGGAGCCGGUAGUGAGAUCCGCCGAAGAUGGAGGCGACGGCGAAUUGGUGGGUGUUGGAAAUAUGGAGGAUCAUCACAAUAUUAGAGACAUAGUUUCUGCACCUUUUUGACACCCUCUUCCCUACAUUUCUAAUUACCUCGCUUUUCUAGUUUGUUUAAUCUUCAAGGGAGGACUGUUAAUUUUCUUCUCGACUAUAAUAUGCACUCAUAUUUUCGUGUA